AUGACCCCAGACUGGCCCACUAAUAGCAAGAGACCAAACCCUGCCCACAACAGGCAGAGAACCAUUGCAGCUGGUUACUACAAAGGCAACUACUUCUACUCUCAGAAAAGCCUCCAAGAAACUGACGGAGACGUUUCAGUUGGAAUUCCCUUUCCUGCUUCAGGAAAGAAGGAAUAUUCAGUAAUUAUGGGUUCUUUCAUAGCUCCCAGAUACACGAAAAUCUCCAACACCCCCAACACCUCCAGCACCAUCACUGGCUUCAUCCUCCUGGGCUUCCCUUGCUCCAGGGAAGGGCAGAUCCUCCUCUUUCUGCUCUUCUCUGUUGUCUACCUCCUGACGCUCAUGGGCAAUGGGUCUAUCAUCUGUGCUGUGUACCGGAAUCAGAGACUCCACACUCCCAUGUACAUCUUCCUCACCAACUUCUCCUUCCUAGAGAUCUGGUAUGUCACCUCCACUGUCCCCAACAUGUUGGCCAACUUCCUCUCUGACACCAAGGUCAUCUCCUUCUCUGGGUGCUUUCUCCAGUUCUACUUUUUCUUCUCCUUGGGUUCUACGGAAUGCUUUUUCUUGGCUAUUAUGGCAUUUGAUCGGUACCUUGCCAUCUGCCGGCCUCUACGGUAUCCAACCAUUAUGACAGGACAUCUCUGCACCAAUCUUGUGGCCAGUUGCUGGAUACUUGGUUUCCUCUGGUUCCCAGCCCCUAUCAUUGUUAUUUCCCAAAUGUCCUUCUGUGGAUCCAGGAUCAUUGACCACUUCCUAUGUGACCCAGGUCCCCUAUUAGCACUCACCUGUGCCAGAGCCCCAGUAAUGGAUUGUUUUUGGAUGAUUUUAAGUUCCUUGCUCUUAUUUAUUCCCUUCCUCUGCAACAUGGGGUCCUAUACUCUGGUUGUGAGAGCUGUGUUGAGGGUCCCUUCAGCAGCUGGACAAAGAAAAGCUUUCUCCACCUGUGGGUCCCAUCUGGCUGUGGUUUCAUUAUUCUAUGGCUCAGUGAUGGUCAUGUAUCUGAGCCCAACAACUGAACAUGAAUCUGGGAUGCAGAAGCUUGUGACCCUGUUUUAUUCUGUAGGGACCCCACUCAUUAAUCCUGUGAUCUAUAGUUUGAGGAACAAAGAUAUGAAACAUGCCCUGCAGAAAUUUCAUGAAUCAACUAAGGUGAAUAAAUCAUAUAUUGGUCCCCCAUGGAGUUUACAGUUUAUGAUGAGAAAAAACUUAAAUUGUGAGAUGGGCUACGACCAAAAGAGGUAUUAG